UCAGAGGCGUAGCUGAAUGAUGGAGGGAGCGCACACAUCUUCAGCAAAAGCAGGAUAAGGAGUGUCAAAAUUUCUCUAUAACUGCCCAUUCGCUUGCGUCAGUAUUCGAUGAGCGACUGAAUAGAAAGGAAAGCACCUCCUAUCUUUGGCAUCAAGGGGUUUAAAUCAGAAAAACAGAGAGAGCGAGCGAGCUGCAGUGAAAAGGGGAGGACCUGGCUACAUCAACACAUCACGUAAAUUGUAAAAUGUUAUUGCUAUAGAAGAACUCUAGCGUCAAUGUAUUUACUUGCAUGCGUUACAUGCGGGCAUAUUUAAAUCCGCAUCAUCACAACGGAUCUGUGGAAAGUAAACUUGAGGUCUUAGGAAACAAAUAACAACAGGGAUCCCAACCACCCCCCCCAACAUGCCGGAGCAGAGCAAUGACUACCGUGUUGUGGUGUUUGGGGCUGGCGGUGUGGGCAAGAGCUCCUUGGUCCUUCGCUUUGUCAAGGGAACCUUCCGGGACACCUACAUCCCCACCGUGGAGGACACCUACCGCCAGGUGAUCAGCUGUGACAAGAGCGUGUGCACCCUCCAGAUCACCGACACCACGGGCAGCCACCAGUUCCCCGCCAUGCAGCGCCUGUCUAUCUCCAAGGGCCACGCCUUCAUCCUGGUCUACUCCGUCACCAGCCGCCAGUCUCUGGAGGAGCUCAAGCCCAUCUACCAGCAGGUGCUUGCCAUCAAGGGCAGCGUGGACGCCAUCCCCGUCAUGCUGGUGGGCAACAAGAGCGACGAGACCCAGCGUGAGGUGGAGACCAAGGAGGGUGAGGCGCAGGCGACAGCAUGGAAGUGUGCUUUCAUGGAAACCUCGGCCAAGAUGAACUGCAACGUCAAGGAGCUCUUCCAGGAGCUGCUCACCCUGGAGAAGAAGAGGAACAUGAGUCUGAGCGUCGACGGCAAGCGCUCAGGCAAGCAGAAACAUGCCGACAAGCUUAAGGGCAAGUGCAGCAUCAUGUAGGGAGGAGAGGUGAUGCCUGACCACUAGGAGGAAAGACAGAGGUUGGGGAGGGUAGUGGUGGUGGUGGUGGUGGAAAGGGUGGGCGUUCUUGAAGAGACUCACUUCGAGGAAUGGAGGGAAGGUUGGGGUGGGGGUGGAAUGGGGGUCGUCUGAGAGGGAUUUUGUUAUCCUGAAAGAGGCAACCCCCCCCCCUUACUUUAUACCACUACCCCCAUCUCCACCUUUCCCCCACUCUGCUCAUACCAUUAACCAGGAAUCGCCCCUAGGGCAGAGUCAACCCUUCUGUCUCACUGGUUUUGAUUUGGAGGUUUGCCUCUCCAUCAAAAAAUGUAUGCCACUGAAGGCCCAAAUAGAAAAGUUUGGGACUCAAGAGUCAAGUUCUAAGAGAAGGUCAAAUAUCGAUGCAUCUCUGCUGUGAUGGGAAAAAGGAAAGAAUAUGGAGCCCUGAGAAUUCAUAUCCUGUUCAGGGUAUAAUGACAAAAAGGGGGAACUCCCUACACAGUGCCCAUUUCAAUAUUAUUCACUCCACGUGCGCCCUCUUUUCCCUAUAGCUGUCUGUCUCCUGCUAAUAUGAGAUAGCCACAUGACUCUUAUGAUUGUGAAAGGUAAUAGGGUGGAUUUGCGGGAGAUGAGAGGGUAUCAAGUUUAAUGUGAAAGUAAUGGAAACAUGAAUUUUCAUCAAUUCAAGUACAUUUCCAUAAGCACAAGUUGGACUUUCGCCCUUCAGUCUCUCUGUAUUUACCUGGUAAUUGGAUGGGAGUUGAGAACUAGACAUCAAUAAAGGGCUCUAUUCAAUCUGUAUAGCGGAAGUUCAGCGUUACAGCAUCAUUUAAAUUUAGAGGCAAUGUUCUCUCGUUAGAGGACACUGCAUUCACGGUAAACGCUGCAUACAGUGCAUUCGGAAAGUACUCAGACCCCUUGACUUUUUCCCCCAAAAUGUAUGUUACAGCCUUAUUCUAAAAUGGA